AUGGAGCUCUGUAAAUUUGGCGCUUCGACGGACGGUUCCAAAGACAUUGAGAACGGCGAAGUGGGCGUGCCACCAAGCAGUUCAUCAGUGAGCGUCGGCGGUGUUGCGCCGAAUUAUCCCCUCAGGAUCCUCACGCACAUAGUGACUCUUGGCAUAAUAUGCUCUCUCGCAGCUUUGGUGCUCAAUUCCCCAGUAACGAUCCGUGGAACAUUUUGCAACAACACGGAUAGCGCCCUUCCAAUGAAGAAGCGGUCCAUUACCCGUGUAAUGCUGCUAUCGAUCGGAUUUUUUACGCCUUCCCUCAUCAUCAUCCUUGUAGAGUGCCUCAUUGCGGCCGUCCGCGUCACACAGGAGAAGCAAGGCAAUGGAAGUCCUGUGACGUUGUUCGGCUGGACCGUCCCGCAGUUGCUUGUUGAUCUGUACAUUCACCUUGGUGGAUUCGGGUUCUGUCAUGCUUGCGCCUGGCUUUUAGUGGAUUCUAUUAAAGGUUAUGUUGGCUCUCUUAGGCCCAAUUUCUUUGAUGUUUGCAAACCGGAUUGGAGCAAGGUGAACUGCAAGAACUCACGCGGGGAAUAUAUAUACGUUACCGAUUUCCACUGUACAGGGGGUCCUGGUGGUGUCGAGGAAGCCAGGAGAUCGUUUCCCUCCGCUCACGCCGCGUAUGCAAUGUGUGGCAUGCUUUUUGCAAUUUUAUACCUUCAGUACAGACUCAGGUGGCAACAGCAGGAGACCGCCCCGAAGCGUCAUCUGCGCAACAGGCAGGGCAUUUUGGGGUUGCUUGAACAGCUCUACUGGAUAGUUCAGGCAUGUGUACCUAUUCUUCAAGUCUUGAUGUUCCUCCUUGCAUUGUAUGUGCCCGCAACUAGGGUUCUGGAACACUAUCACCACGUCAGAGAUGUUUGUGGUGGAGCGGCCGUUGGCGCAGUAUGUGCCCUCUUCGGCGCCUUCUUCGUUAUCGAUAUGAGGAAUCGUUGA